AUGAGGGGAGAGGCAUUCAUCGAUCACAGUAAUUCCCCGCUACACCCUCUCAAACGCAAUGGAAAGAAAGAAAGGACGAGGUCUUGA